CUUGAUAAUUCCCGAAAUGUCGGAAUGAAUGAAUGACGCAGGGUUAAUCGAGAUCUUUCUCUGACGGACUAAAUUCUGGUUUAUUUCGUGACUCUUUAAGUUCUUAUGUCCGGACGCAGUCUAACUUCUUAUUUUCCUCCUAUUUGGUGGUCAUAAUCGGACUUGGCUGUUUCCCCGCCCCGGUUGUUCCCGGUGUUGUUAGUGUUACAACCUAUCCAUGCUGAUUAGUGAGCGAGACUUGUUGAGUGAGCUGAACGGUAUCCUCAUAAAAAGUGCACCAGCACAAGCCCGGUAGACUCUUCCGAAUCACCGUUACUUCCUCUGGCCUGGGGCUUCUGUCUUAGCAGCUUAGCGUGUAUAUUUUUUAACUUCGUGAUACUACUCGAUCAACAAGUUCUAUCGAAUAAUCACAUCAAAGAUUUGUUAGAAUCAUCAAUCAUGGGAGCUACAGAUGUUGAUGAUGUAAAAUUUGAAUAUGAAUGGAGGCAGACAGAUGAAGAUAUUUACGUUGAAUUUAAUGUGAAUGGAGAAGAUAUCAAGAAGGAUGACAUUGAAUUGGAGCUCAAUGAUAGUAGCAAGAUCUGUGUUUGCUGUGUAUAUUUCAAAGAUGGCAUUAAAUGGGUCUGUUCACUUCAGCACCUAGUUGUCAAGUCAUCUGCUAGUGUUAAAGUGAAAGAUGGAGUACUCAUUGUUCAUCUGCCAAAGAAAGAGAAAUUCAAAGAAUGGAAACGAUUAGGAGAUUGUGCUUUCACAAAAGAAAUACAAGAGGAAGGUAUCCCUAAUGUAACAAAUGAGAAUGGAAUACAAACAGAAGGGUCAUCAGUUGUUAGAGAUGGAGAAGGUGGCAUGCAAAUGGAUGAAGAGAAAGAUGCUGAAGAGGAGUAUUUAGUCAACCAUGUCAAGCAUAAUUUCUUUCAGAGGCAAGACUUGAAAGUUAUUUACCUUCAUAUGUAUGUGAAGAAGAUCAAGCGGGAUUCUGUCAGUGUCUCUUUUUCAGAAAAUGAAAUAUGCAUCAAAUUCAAGACUAAUGACAACCAGUUUCUCCAAUUGAAUCAUGGGAGUACAUCAGAUACCUUAUUUUGUUGGAGAAUCAGACCAUGGAGACCAGUUGUUCCUGCAGCCUGUCAUCAUAAGGUUACAAAGAGUAAUCUAGAAGUGAACAUCACCCAACUAAAAUCAGAGAGGUGGAAGGCUCUUGAAUGCUCUACUAAAGACUCUGGAAACACCCCCAGAGGAAAGGCUGCCUCCCAGGGUGACUGGGUACCUCUUUCCUCUUCUACCAAGACAGUCACACCUACCAAAGAAUCAGCUGAAAUCACCAAAGAUUCAGGCUGUGAGAAGGAGAACCUGAGAGGUGCUGUGGGAGGAGCCAAGUCUGUGGAGAUUAAGGAGAGUGUAACUAGGACCAAGAAACCUACUUGCACAGUACCGCCAUUGAGUCUAGGAAAGCAGGCUCCAUCUCUACCAGUAGAGCCUACACCAUCACUUCAUCUAGGUUACUGUGGUCUUGAUAAUCUUGGUAACACCUGCUUCAUGAACAGUGUUCUUCAGGUCUUGGCCAAUACAGUUGAACUCAAAGACUUUAUGCUAGGAGCCGACUUCAAGAAUGAGAUUAAUCGAGACAAUCCCCUAGGUAGCGGGGGUCAUCUUGUUCUAUCAUUUGCUGUAUUAAUGAGAAGGCUAUGGGGAGGGCAAAAUAAAUCCAUUGCUCCUUCAAAACUGAAGUCCAUUAUAUCAGCCAAAGCCAGUCAAUUCAUGGGGUUUGCUCAGCAUGAUGCACAGGAAUUCAUGGCAUUUCUUCUUGAUGGACUUCACGAGGACAUCAACAGAAUUCGUAAAAAGCCUUACACUCAAACCGUGGAUUCUGAUGGAAGACCUGAUGAGGUUGUAGCGGAUGAAGCAUGGAAGACACACAGACGAAGAAAUGAUUCAUUCAUUGUAGAUUUGUUUCAAGGCCAAUACAAAUCCAAACUUGUCUGUCCUGAUUGUAACAAGGUAUCAAUUACUUUUGACCCCUUCAUGCACCUGUCCAUGCCCCUUCCAAAGAAGAAGCGUCACUUCCCUGUCUACUUCUUCUCACGGGACUGCCAUCAACGACCGGUCAAGUAUGUAGUGUCUCUAAGCUCUGAUGCUACUGUCCAUGAGUUGACCGUUCAGGUUGGUCAGAUGGCAGGAGUCAAUGCUGCCAAUCUGAGGGUCUUUGAGGUCCAUCGAAGCUGUAUCCAGAAGGUCUUUUCCAGAAGGAGCACAAUGUCGGGUGUAUCCUUCAAUGAUAUUAUCUUUGUACAUGAAGUCUUAUCACCUUCCUUAGCAGGAGAGAGUGUAGUAGAGCUUUCUGUCAUUCAGCGUAUGUUAAUGCCUCCUGCUCUUCUUCACUGUUCACACUGUAAGAAAUCAUGUGAGAAAGGUAGAAGUCUCAAGAGAUGUACCAAGUGUUACAGGGCAGCAUACUGUGAUCAAGCUUGUCAGAAGAGCAACUGGAACAUCCACAGGACUUCUUGUCGCCGGUUUCCAGAACCUGUUGGAUGCCCUUUCAUCAUCAGUUUACCCAAAUCUCAUGCCACAUAUGCCAGGCUUUGUCAGCUCAUGGAGUGUUACGCAAGGUAUUCUACCAAUGUGUUUGUGCCACCCCUCAAAUCACCAGGUUCUAUAAGUAGCAGCUCUGGUAGUAGUAGCUCUCACGAGAGUGAACACCCCUCUACCUCUACCCAUUCACCCCCUCAUUCCCAGGGUCUGGCAUCCCCCUCUGCCACUACCUCUCCGGUGAACACACCAAGAAUUCCUACCAGGGAUGAUGAUGAUGAAGAGAUGGAUGAUGGGAAGGAGAAAAUGAAUGACAGUGGUAUUGAAAACCCCAUUCACUCAAAGGACAUGGGAGAUGCAUUGAUAGAAGGAACAACUGACAGAGAUGAGGCUUUGAGAAAAGGAGAUGAAGGAGGGGGAGGAGAUACUGGAGAAGAGUCUAUCGGCCAUUUCUCUGAUAUGGAAGGAGCCGCAACUGCUACAGUGGUUGGACAACCUCAGACCUUGGAGAGAAAGAUGCCUCUGUUUUUCAUCAAGCCUGUCAAUCACAUAGGCAACAGCAUCCCAAGCAAGGAGCGCCUUAAAGAUGAAGGUGACAUCCCUCUUGAUUUGACUGGUAUCAUAAGUGUAGCCAUGGAUUGGAGAAAUGAUCCUAAACAAGAGAACAAUGUUUUAGUGGAGUCAAGAACACUGGACUAUAAUGAAGAUGAGUCUGUGUGUGGUGUAAAAUCCUAUGAAGAGACUGAAAUCACCUUGGACCAAUGUCUCAAACUAUUCACAGAGCCUGAGAAACUGUCUCCUGAAGAAGCAUGGUAUUGUCCCAAGUGCAAGCAACAUAGAGAAGCAACAAAGCAGAUGUUACUAUGGCGAUUACCUUCUACUCUCAUUAUUCAAUUGAAGCGGUUCUCAUUUGGUAACAUGUUGUGGAGAGAUAAGAUUGACAAGAUGGUUGAAUACCCAGUUAGAGGCUUGGAUCUGUCUCCUUACUGCCAUGGUACUCACAGCCAACCUUUGAUCUAUGAUCUGUAUGGUGUUAUCAACCAUCAUGGUGGUAUUCUAGGAGGACAUUAUACAUCCAUUGCUAGACUGGCUUCUACUGCUGACUGGAGUAAGAAUGAACAUGACUGGAGACUCUUUGAUGACAGUCAUGUAACGACCAUCUCAGAGAAGAAUGUGGUGACGCGUUCUGCCUACCUCCUCUUUUAUCGACAACGCCAACCUUACACUCCAUACAUCUGGCAACCUAUUCCGGAGCCAGAACCAGAGGUCGAACCCAUGAUGGAACGAAAAUCAGUGAAAGAGACGGGGGAUGAACCAGAGGAGAUGGAUGAUAAGUCAUCAACCUCUAGCAACAGUGAGAUGGAUGUUAGUGAGAGAGAUCAAUCUGUUACUGUAGAGACACCAAGCAAACGUAUUCCUCAGUAUGAUAAUCGCUUCCCUGCUUCCUCUCCACCACCUCCAUCCCCAUUGCAAACAUCCUACAUUGAUAACAGGAACCGGGAGGUAGAGGAUAUUGGCUACACUAAUAUGGAGGAUAUAGAUUAGAGCUGAUCUCUGCUGGUCAAGGGAUAAAAAUAAGGUGUAUUCAACUGAAGAGGAAUGAUGAUGAAGGAGUAGAGAUUGCAACAAGAAUGAUACUGAAAUUUGAAACAGAUUGUGAUUAUUUGCUUGUAUUGUUAUCUUAUUACUUUUACAUUAUUGAUAUUUGUUUUUCCCCCAUUUCUUGAAUACCAUAUCUCUAUUUUAUUUAUGAGUAUGUAAAAGUAACCAACUUAUUAAUCUGUUAUUUUUUAUUUAUAUUUUCCCAAGUCAUAAAGCAAUUUAAUUCUGUUGAUGUUUGUUCUGAACAUUUUAUUUCAUAAUAUAAAUGUGCUAAUACUCUGUGCAAUAUUGCAAUGAUGAGUUUAAAGAAUCGUUUUGAAUGUUUGCCAUAAUUUCUGCAUUUUCUUUUAGAUAUGAUUUUUUUUUGUUUGACCCAGUUUAAGAGGAAAUCCUGAUAUCUAGUAAUAUGUUACAUAUAAUAUUCAGGUACACAUGUAUCACCUUUUUGAAAGAACAAAAAAUAUAAUAUCCAAUCUUCUUUUUAUCAAAUAAAUCUGAAAGUGAAUAGUCUCAGAUGUAAAUAAACAAUGGGUACAAAAUUGUGAGACAAAUCUCAAACAGAAGAUGCUGGAUCAUCACAAUUUAAGUACUCAUAACUAUAAUGUGAAAUAAAGAUAUUUGAGGCCUGAAAUGUUGGAAACAUUAGAAACAUAAUAGGCAAUGUAGACCAAGUUGUUGAAGUUAGUUUUCCAUAUUUGAAAAACAAUUAUAU